ACCUGAAAGGAGUAGAUUUUACGAGCCAAGGGGUCGGAAGAGAAAAAGCAAGCAGCCAGAAACAAUAAUAUUAAAAGCAUCCUCUAUUCCCCCGUUUCUCAAACGCGCUGAUCUCUCUUUUUCACGAUCACCAACCAAUCCGCGAAGUUCCGAAACCGAGAAUACAAUUACCACCUAUUACAGUGCCUUACAGUACAAGCACGGGCUUUGGGCUACCUCACCUCUGCCACCAAAAUAGCCGCGGAUCCUCAUCACAUUUACCUACACCCCCCGGUCCCGGGCUAGUCAACGCAGCACAACAAAAGACAAACAAAAAGGACCAGGAACAAGGCCCAGGGUGUCAUUCAUUUCGAUCCAAUCCAAUUCUUCAUAUAUCCAUCUGCCAGCACCCCUACCACUUCAACUUUUCCCAUCUUGCUCUUCCCAUCAAGACAUUCUGCUUUCCAACUGUAUCUCCCAAGAGCAGUACUAAAUCCAAAAGCUUCGACGAGCUGGUCUCUUGAAACGUCUAACAAGCUUGGGUCUUGUUUGUGCUCUCGCCUUGCAAUAUACGCAUGCAUAAACAUCCUUUAAUAGCAACAACCUGACACGCAUAUUGUCUUGUUUGCUUCCCCGUCGACCAACAACCCAUUCCUACCCCUCCAGCUCAUCAUCCGACCUGGCUCAGCCAUAUAUACCAAUACGGCACCUCGAAAACGUUUACUAUACCUCCCUAGUCAACACCAACUCACAACACCGCAACGAUGCUCCGAGGAACUACUUCCAACGUCCCCAAGGUCCCACUCUUUGGUGUACCCAAGAGACGCAAGCAGAGGCAGCAACAAGAACAGGAGCAAAAGGACAAAGAAGAGAAGCUUCGCCUACAGGCUCUCGAGGAAGCUGAAUUCGCAACCAAGGCCGAAACUUCAGACUUCCUCCUCUACUACCUUGAGCGAUCCCCCUUCAAGGACCAAUCCGAUCAGAUCUCCAUUGCCUGGGAGAACCUACCUAGCCUAGGCGAGCUCGAGUCUUUUGCCAGGCUCGACAAGACUGCUGGCACACAAGCCUGCCGUCGUUUAUUCAAGGCCGUCGUCAUCUGGGACGAUCUUGGUCUUGAUCUCUGGGAGACACUUAACAGUACCUUCCACCCUGAAAGCGACGAGGAGGACAGCGAUGAUGAUCUCCUCGACGAAAUCUCAGAAGAGCCCGUUGGCUGGGAUCACGCAAGCCCUCGAAGAUCCCGAUCUCGCGCCAGUUCCAGGACAUCUUCCUCUGAGACACAUAAUUCUGAACGCUCUCGCCAAGUCUCCUCAGAGCGACAAGAUCAGCGUGAGCGUAGCCGCGACUCGCGCAAGACAGCUUCCGCACGAGACCAGAGUGUCAACGGAAGAUUACCUCCCCGGAGACCUAUGGGUCUUCAGGGCGGUAUGAUCAGCGAGUACUACGACAGCCCCUCGCGAUAUCGUGUUCCCAAGAUUGUGCGCGUCCUAUAAGCGCUUACACAUCACCACUCUACGAAUAUUUUUUUUUGUCUUUGAUCUUAUACUGCUUUUUUCAAGCGGGCGUUGGGAAAUUAGCAAAGUUCGCAGCAACCGCUAUACUAGCCAUAUAUUGAUUUCUCAUGUUUUCUGAGUAUUAGCAAGGCGUUAUGGACAUGCAUGCAAUGGCACCGGACAAUUACGGAUUACGGGAUACCACCAAUAUCACAGCUGAGGGAUAACAGCUACCCUAUUAUUACUAUAGUACAGCAACGAACAAUCUACCAAAUAAUUUUGAUACUUUCCAUAGCCAUGCAAUUCUUGAGUGAUCGACGUGAAAAUUUGGAUGGCUCCUCUUGAUGCAACCUUCAAAGUUUGAAGGUCUACAACAACCAUUAGCACUACC